AGGGCAACGGGGACUCACCGAUAAACCAAUGCUAGAAUACACAACUGUAAGAAUGCUCAAAGAGAGAGCUUGACGGAUGCGCCGCACUGCAGGAAUAGCAUCUUACCCAAAAGGGAAAUGAAUAAACAACGACCGGCCACCGCAACAACUAUUAGAAGUCACGUGUAUACUGCCCUGUUAGACCGCCCUCGCCUGGUUUACAAGACACAUCCAAUAACAACUGCUUAUAUAAUAAACUUCCAGAAGUGUCACGCUAAUCCUAGAGAGGAAUAGCCUCGGGAGUCAGAUCGGCGGCAAGCUAUUCCUCAUCGGGGAGGACCGUGGAUGCCUUCGGGCUGCAGGCGCCAUCUCCGAAGACCGAAAUAUCACCAGAAGGAAAUGCUUGUUUCGUUCGCUCCUCAUUUUCUUCCAUCCAGUCUUUGCUAAGUUCACAUGGAAGAUACUGUCGUUUAAGGCGUAAUGUCUCUAACACUAAAACUCUCCUCUCUGUUAAUCCGCACGCUUUCGAAGCCCAUCGCUAACCAAAUAAAAGCCCAGGCGCGCGAACAUGACCGUUUCCGACGAGUAUGUGUCUCCGUGGCACAGACCCUCCAUCGAUUCGACAUGGGUCUUCGAUUGGGCAACCUCCGAGACACAUCGGUGUCCCGAAGACAAGCGGAAGCAGCUGCCGCUGUUCGGAAACUUAAACCCAAGGCCCCAACAGCGAAGACAGAGGCGGAAGCAAAGGCAGAAGAGGAGGCUAUAGCAAAAGCGAAUGCUUUGGCUUCCGAAGCGUCAAAACCGCUGCCUAAACCGCAUAUCCGACCCCUCUCAGAGGCCAAGGCCAUCGAAUCGGGCGCCGUGUUCCUGAGCGAAACAUUCCUAUUUCUGGUGGCAGGUGGAUUGAUUAUCUUCGAGACUAUGAGAGCUCGAAGGAAAGAAUCAAGUCGCAGAGAAGAUGUGGAGGGACGAUUACUGGAGCUACAGCAGUCCGAGAAGGCUUCUCGGAAAGCCCUGAUGACUCUGGAAAAGGAACUCCUGCAUCUGAAGUCAAAGUAUGGAGAACCAGUCAAAUCUGGCCAUAUUUUAUCACGCGACAUCUGGGAAACGGAAGGCAUUGAGGAGGAUGAAGACGCCAAGGAUGAGGGGUGGCUUUCUCAAAUCCAAUCGUACUUAUCGUACCUUUCUUCCGUUGUUCAGGGAACAACACGUGGCCCUAAGCCUUUGACUGAAGGAGAGCAGGACUCGAAGAAACCUCCUGCUGAUACGCUGUCUUUGUCUUCAACAACCUCGACCGGCGAUGAUAAGACAUCUCGACCAUCCGAAAGUGCAUAAUUGAUGGCAUUGGAUAUGACAUAGAAUUGGAACUUUGUUUAACUCCCGGAUAUCCCUUUGAUCAUUACGGCGUCAUGACCAGUUCAUCUUCUCAGACAGGCAUGUCUAUGGCAUUGUGCUGGAUGAUGGCAUGUGCUGUAUCACAUACAUUUCUUGUCGAAUAUUUUAGAGGGAAACAAGCACGUAAAUAGCAACUGAAUAUUUUCAAGCAGACUGUAUUCGUUCUACAGAAUAUGUGUCAGGAGUAUUCCUUGACAUAAAUAUCCAUGAUCGGAUAUUACAAGAUUCAUGCUGUUCUUG